UAAUAUUUUGACUUCACAACAACUUCCUGCUAAAAAGUAGAAGCAAAUAAACAUCCAGUCAUCUACUUCUGUGAGAAAAAGAAAUCGUGUAUUCAUGCGCUAGCGCAGUGUGGAAAUAAACACAUCUCUUUCUUUCUACAUGCUUAGUGCGCAUGAAUACUUGAUUUCAUUGCUUUGAUGACAUUAAAACAAGAUAUCCACCUGACUUGAGAACUAAGGCUGUUGUUGUCUGAAUAUUCACAAUUUAUGACUGGAUGAAUAAUGCUGGAUUUGAAAACAUUAUGUUGCUGAUCUAUAUAGAAAUUAAGAUUUCCUCAAAAUAAAACGUGAUUUUAGCAAUAAAAAAGAGCAUCAGAAUACAUUUGAGGAGUUCUCUAUGAAGUGAUUCUAACUUAGAAAAAAUGAACAAUUCAACAACAAACGACGUUAUACUGCAAGAUGAUGUUGAAUCAAAUCAAGGUAAGUGGCAGCACUUAGAUUGGCUACAGGGUAUCAACAACAGCGCCAACAUCCCGUCCUUUGUGCUGCUCUCUGUCCUGACCAUCUGUGGCGUCUUCGGCAAUUCGCUCAUCCUGAUGGUGUACUCACGUAAAGUUAACAAAACACCGACGGUCACUCUCAUACAGGUCAUCGCAUUCGUGGACUUGAUGACAAAUGUGCUCGUUCUAGCAGGUACGAUCUCCGCCAUUCUAGACACAAAAUCCGAUGCUAACGUGAUCGUGUGUAAAGUCUACUACCUUCUGAACACUUUCACGGCCUCGAUAUCAAAUCUUUUACUGGUAAUAGUGGCUGUAAUAAGGCACAGAAAAAUUUGCAGGCCGCUUCACAGACAAAUCACUACGAGAGAAGCCAGAAUUAUUUGCGCCUGUGCCAUGGGUUUGUCCUUUCUCUUCAGCAUUCCAUCGGGGAUAUUAUAUGGUCUGGUUCUCAGCAAGUCUAAACUCAAAGACAGAUACAGGUACAACUGCGGCAUCGCUGACCAGUACAGCGACACCAUCUGGCCCAAACUGUACAGUGGCUUCUACGUUCUGGUUGUUAUGACUAGCUGCAUCAUCCUCUCAACUCUCUACAUUCUCAUUGGCUUAGCGGCACGGAGACAUUUUCUCAGGAUGCUUGAAGUAAAGUCGCGUGUCGAUCUCUGUAGUAGAGACAAAAUAAAAACACCCCCGCGUGAAAACGUAUUACACAAACAAUCAUCAAAAGAUUGUGGGAAAGAUCAGGGUGAUGUGGGAUUGAAAAAAAUUCAAGCCACAAAUUAUGAUGUCGUUACUGAUAACAGCAAUCAAACCGCAAUGGACGUUAAGAACAUCAAUAAUCAAUCAACCAUCACUACGACAGGAGCACUUGAUGUCCAGACAGUUGUACCAGAGAUUCUAGCUGUUGAGACGACGACACAUGCUACUAAGCCGGAGGUGGAUGAUGUUAAACCACAUACUCGUGCUGUUAAAUCAGAGGCCAAUGCUGUUGAUUUAGAUUACCGUGCAGUUAGACCAGAAAAUUGUGUAUGUCAGAAUACCAACCACUCUGACUUGAAACAAAACUCUAGCAACAAAAAAAGCAGCAAAGACUCCGUCACCUCUCUUUCUGGAAGAUCUCUUACAGCCAGCACCAAGGGAAAAGUCACCCAUUGUUUAUUGAUGGGAAAAACGACCCGCAUGCUACUGGCUACCAGCGUCACCUACAUCGUUAGCUACAUGACAACCAUCACCAUCCUACUGCUCACAGCAGCCACUACACUCUUCGACAACCCAACAUUAGCUGAAGCAGUGCUCAUCAACUUUUUUGUCCUAUUCUAUCUGAUCAACAGUGUGGCUGAUCCCUUUAUUUACAGUAUUUGUAAUCAAAACUUUAGACGUGAUUGUGUUGCUAUCUUUAAAAACUGCUGUAUUAAAUACUGUAAAAUCUAAUAAAUUUAUUGGUUUUUUUUUUGAGGGGUCGGUGUAAUCGGAUCGAUAAAACUCGUGGUUCUAAACCAAGAAGUCCCGAGUUCAAAUACCUGGAAGAAGGUGCUCGUUAACUUGGGACAGCAACUGAUUUGGGUGGGAAAACUCCAAAAUCAAACAACUGUUGCUUUCUUUAUUGUUCAUAUGUGGACAAAAGCUAUGGAACAAAAUCCAGAAAGGAAAUCAGGCUGAGAAACCGGAGUAAAUAGCACAUAACGAGUUGACAUGCAACAUUUACUUGUAUUAGAGCAGAUCACGUCAUAUUACAAUUAAGAAUGAAGAUGUAAAAGUAAGAUCACUCGCUUUUAAUUGAUAAUGUAAUUUAUUGAUUUUAUUUUAUUACAUG